AUGGCUUCUCAGCCUGAGCUGGAAAAUGCCCAGCCCAAUCCCAGCGAGUACAUGGAAGAGGCCUCGAGUCAGCAGCCCCCCAGCACCGACAAAGGCCAGGGCACCCACAAAAAUGACACCAAGACCUCUGUCACCAAGAUUGAACUUCUUCCAUCCUACUCCACAGUUGCGCUGAGAGAGGAGACUACAGAAGUGGAUGACCCCUGGGACCUGCCUGCCCUUCGGGACACUGGGAUCAAGUGGUCAGAGAGGGACACCAGAGGGAAGAUCAUCUGUGUCUUCCAAGGCAUCGGGAAGUUCCUUCUGCUCCUGGGGUUUCUCUACUUGUUCGUGUGCUCCUUGGAUGUCCUCAGCAGCGCGUUCCAGCUGGUUGGAGGGAAGAUGGCUGGACAGUUCCUAAGCAACAACUCCAUUAUGUCAAACCCUGUGGCUGGCUUGGUGAUCGGGGUGCUGGUGACCGUCCUCGUGCAGAGCUCCAGCACCUCCUCGUCCAUCGUCGUCAGCAUGGUGGCCUCCUCGCUGCUGACUGUGCGGGCGGCCAUCCCCAUCAUCAUGGGGGCCAACAUCGGGACCUCCAUCACCAACACCAUCGUGGCGCUCAUGCAGGCAGGAGACCGGAGCGAGUUCAGGAGGGCCUUUGCAGGUGCCACCGUGCACGACUUCUUCAACUGGCUCUCAGUGUUCGUGCUCUUGCCCCUGGAGGCUGCCACCCAUUACCUGGAGAUGCUGACCCACCUGGUGGUGGAGACCUUUCACUUUAAGAAUGGAGAAGAUGCCCCGGCGCUUCUGAAAGUCAUCACAGAUCCCUUCACAAAGCUCAUUAUCCGGCUGGAUAAAAAAGUUAUCAGCCAAAUUGCAAUGAAUGAUAAAGCAGCCAAAAACAAGAGUCUGAUCAAGAUAUGGUGCAAAACUUUUACCAACAUGACUCAGAUGAAUGUCACAGUCCCCUCACCUGAAAAUUGCACCUCCCCUUUGCUCGGUUGGAUGAACGGUACCCACACUUGGACCAUCAAGAACGUGACCCACCAGGAGAAGAUUGCCAAAUGCCAGCAUAUCUUUGUGAAUUUCAACCUCCCGGAUCUUGCUGUGGGCAUCAUUCUGCUCAUAAUCUCCCUGCUGGUCCUCUGCGGUUGCCUGAUGAUGAUUGUGAAGAUUCUGGUCUCCAUGCUUAAAGGAAAGUUCGCGGUUGUCAUCAAGAAGACUCUUAACACUGACUUCCCCUUCCCCUUUGCCUGGGUGACUGGCUACCUGGCCAUCGUCGUGGGGGCGGCCAUGACCUUCAUCGUGCAGAGCAGCUCUGUCUUCACGUCUGCCAUGACCCCGCUGAUCGGUCUCGGUGUGAUAAGCAUCGAGAGGGCUUAUCCGCUCACGCUGGGCUCCAACAUCGGCACCACCACCACGGCCAUCCUGGCUGCCUUGGCCAGCCCGGGCAGUAGUUUGCGGAGCUCCCUCCAGAUCGCCCUGUGCCACUUUUUCUUCAACGUCUCCGGAAUGUUGCUGUUUUACCCGAUCCCGUUGACUCGCCUGCCCAUCCGCCUGGCCAAAGGCCUGGGGAACAUCUCCGCCAAGUACCGCUGGUUCGCCGUCUUCUACCUGAUCUUCCUCUUCUUUCUCAUCCCGCUGUCUGUGUUCGGCCUCUCGCUGGCCGGCUGGCCGGUGCUGGUGGGCGUGGGCGCGCCCAUCCUCUUCGUCCUCCUCCUGGUGGUGUGUCUCAAGCUCCUGCAGUCCCGCUGCCCCCGCGUCCUGCCUAAGAAGCUCCAGAACUGGAACUUCCUGCCCCUGUGGAUGCACUCGCUGAAGCCCUGGGACAGCGUCAUCUCCUCGGUCACCAGUUUGUGCCAGAGGCGCUGCCGCUGCAGCAAGUGCUGUGAGGACCUGGAGGAGGGGCAGGAGGCACAGGGUAUCCCCAUCAAGGCCUUCGAUGACAUAGAAGUCAAGUCCCAAGCCAGUGCCCCAGACCCAAAGAUGACCUCUGCCAGCACCUCCUUUUAA